CUACUCACACCUUUCCUCUACCCUACUCUCUCCCUCUCUGUCUCUCUGUCUCUCUCUCUCUCUCUCUGUUAACCCUCUUGCGGUCAUUCUCUUCCAAAAGGUACAGAAAGACAGAGAAAGAUUAAAGGGAGGAGGAUGAGAGGACCUUUGGGGGCAGUGAUAGGGAGGUACCCUCCAAGUGAUGGCAAUGCUGAAAUGGGCGUUGGAAUCAUAAGGCAUAACAGAAAAUGCAGAGAUGUUGUCUUUCUUGUCAUCUUCAUUGCGUUCUGGAUAGCAAUGAUUGUCAACUCUAGCUUUGGAUUUAACAAAGGAAACCCAUUGAGGCUAAACUAUGGACUGGACUAUAAAGGGAAUGUGUGUGGUGACAGACAUGCAGAUCCUGACCUUCGUGAAUUGGAAUUCAGAUAUUGGUUAAAUCCCAACCAGGUUUACCAAACUGGUUUGAAAAACAGCCAAUUCAAGCUUUCUAAUGCACGGGCUAUCUGCUUGAUGGAAUGCCCGAUUCCGUCAGAAGAUUCAUUAAACUGGGUCUGUGAUUAUCCAGAGGGAGAUGUUCGUCUCUCAGUAGAUGACUGGAUUGACAGGAAUUAUGAUUAUUUUGCGGACCUUACUCCUGAUUUAAGGAAUACAUCUCUUCAACUUGAAGGUCCUUGUUAUCCGGUUAUAUAUCCAAGUGUGAAUGUUUAUUGGAGCUGCCAGUUUAUUGCUCGUGCAUCAAAUGUAUCAUUGAGGCAUUGGCAACAAAUGGGUGGGGUAAACAUCGUUGAGAACAUCAUCAUAGAUAAAUCAAUUCAUAGGUCCAUCAACUCUCGAUCAUCAGUGCUAAAGAGAUAUGUGGCUGAUGUUGGUAAGGCAUGGGCUGUACUGAUUGUUUGUGGAGGGAUUCUGCCUCUAUUUCUCUCUGUGAUAUGGCUUUUGAUGAUUCGGCAUUUUGUUACUGGAAUGCCAUGGAUAACUGUCAUCCUCUUUAAUGUUCUCAUAAUAUCAGUCACAAUGUUAUACUACUUAAAAGCUGGAUGGAUUGGAAACAGUGCUAUCUCUCCCAUCAUUGGUGAGCAUGAUCCAUAUUAUCACGUAUCUGCAAGGGAGCUAAAUCAUCUUCAUGCUGCUGCUGUUCUCAUGACGAUUGUAAUGAUCAUUUCCAUUCUAUCAUCUAUUGCCAUUGUUCGUCGCAUCCUUAUGGCAACAUCUGUCCUCAAGGUUGCUGCCAAGGUCAUUGGAGAAGUUCAAGCGCUUAUAGUUUUUCCAGUCAUACCAUACACUGUCUUAGCAAUUUUUUAUAUGAUGUGGUUCUCAGCUGCUCUCCAUCUUUUCAGUUCUGGUCAGGUUCUCCAAAACGACUGCAACACAAACUGUUGUGCAUAUGAUCUUAAAUCGAAACGAGUGGACUGUGAUCGUUGCUGCGGUUAUAGCAUCCACUAUACUUCUCAUAUUGCGGCUGCAAUCCUUUUCCAUCUGUUUGGAUGCUAUUGGGUCACACAGUUUUUCAAAGCAUGGUCUGCAACUGUGAUUGCAGGUUCUGUUGCUUCCUAUUAUUGGGCUCGUGCUGAAACAACGCCACAAAUUCCAUUUCUUCCAGUUUUCUCCUCAAUGAAGCGACUUAUGCGUUAUAACCUUGGGUCUGUGGCUCUUGGGUCUCUUAUUGUAUCAUUUGUUGAGUCCGUACGAUUUAUACUUGAGGCAGUUCGUCGCAAGCUGAAAAUGGCCAAUAAUAUGCCUGAAAGCUGGAUUGGAAGGGUGUUCUACUACUCUUCUCGUUGUUGCCUGAGGUGUAUUGAAUGGACCAUCAAAUCUGUGAACCGCAAUGCCUACAUUAUGAUUGCUAUAACAGGAAAAAGCUUCUUUAGAGCGUCAGAGAUUGCUACAGAAUUGAUCAUCAGUAACAUCCUUCGGAUAGGGAAGGUGAAUGUGAUUGGAGAUGUUAUUCUCUUUCUUGGGAAGCUUUGUGUCAGCCUUUCAAGUGCACUUUUUGCUUUCCUUAUGUUGGAUGUUCACAAAUACUAUUCUGCCCAUAACAAGAUCUCCUCCCCACUAUUUCCUGUGCUGGUAUGCUGGGGUCUGGGCUAUGUUGUUGCUUCUCUUUUCUUUGCAGUCGUGGAGAUGUCAAUUGAUACUAUAAUCCUUUCAUUCUGUCAGGAUUCUGAAGAGCACCAAGGAACAGCACAAUAUGCUCCUCCCCUUCUCAUUGAGACCUUCAGUGAUCAAAACGAGAUGCAAAGACUUACACAAUGACUCUGUUGAACAGCGUCAAUGCUUUUUUUUUUUUUUUUUUU